AUGAACGUACAAGACCUCUGCAACGCAAUUGUCAAGUCCCUCCAAAACAACGUGCAUGUUUUACCUGCCGCUGUCGUCGCCGCCGAUGUCGCCCGCACACUGCCACCGCCAGUGGCUGCCAAGUCGCAACGUCAAAUGACGCUGGACAGCUUCGUUUCGCACGCUGUUGUACCUACUGCACGGUCGGCGAACGAAGCAUGGACACAAUGGUUUACCGGAGACCCGGCGGUCGGGUUGUAUCAACCCCUGCGAUCGUUCAACAAACAAAUGAUCCGGGCCGACCGCCGAAAGUCACACUAG